GAUAAGUCCACUUCCUAUCACAUUGUUUUCCAAGCAAACAAAUUUAGAAGGGAUGUUUCUGUGAGGUAUUAUUCUCUCUAAUCUACUUUGAAAAUGAUUAAAGCAGACGGGAUUUGACAUGUGAAGCUGUGACAGGUCUAUGCUGAAUUGUGAGGAUUGUGUGGUCGGCAGUGAUCUGCCGCCAUGUCCAUACAGGAUCGAGUGGCGCGGAUAUACUACACUCAUGGAUUGUUCUGUGCCAGUCACCCGUACUCCAUCCUCUGUCUGGUCAUCACACUCAUGCUCAUCACAUUUCUGCCGUUACUGUAUGUUCCGUUGCCAGGAAAUGUACCGUUGGAGUACAGUGUGCCCCUGAGGGAAGACAUUUCCCCUGCAGAUUCUGUCCCACCCAGUCCAAAAGAUACCAACAAUGAGGGCGAGCUGAAACCUAGAUGGCUAAGAGGACCACCAGUUGGGUACGUACAGCAGAUUACAGUUCGGGCGGCAGUGUAUCCAUGGGCGUCCGACUUCCUUGCCCCAAUGGAUGCUUUCCGUACCCCACUGAGUAAGGUGUUUGACGUCAUACAACAACUGGACAGCUUCAUAUUCUCUGAUAAUGGGAAAGAUUUGUCCUUGGCUGACGUAUGUCUGCGUGUAUCUGAGACAGUGAAAAGUAGGAAAGUAAAGGAGAUACUCCCGGAGUAUGUUUGUCUGGAGGUGUCGCCCGCUAACUUCUGGGGCCGUAACAGAGAGAGAUUUAUGUCAGACGGGGAUAUCCUAAGAACAAUUUUUCAGAAACGUGGACAAACACUGGACACAUCCCCUUACCUACGAGAUAUUUUGUUGGGAGUACCUUACAAGAAUUCUGGCGUGUCAAGAUAUUUCAUCAGGAAUCAACAAAGAACAAUAUCAUUUGCUGUCACCAUUGUGUUGAAGAAAAAUAAUCAAAAGUUUAUUGAUGCCUUGAAGAACAAACUUGUGCUGGCGUUCCCAGAUACUGUGAAGAAUGUGAACAAUACAAAUCCGGAACAACUUGUACAUGUACACUACAAGGAGAACCGAAUUCUCCUCGAAUACAAACCUCUCAUCCUGACCUACAUCGCCCUGGCCAUGUAUCUCUACUUCUCUGUCCGAAAGAUUGAGAUGGUGAAGUCUAAGUGGGGUUUGGCUGUCAGUGCAGUGGUGACCAUUGUAUCAUCUCUUCUCAGUUCUGUCAGCAUCUGUACCGUGUUCGGACUUACACCAACACUCAACGGAGGCGAGAUUUUCCCCUACCUCGUUGUACUGAUCGGUGUGGAGAAUGUGAUGGUUAUUACCAAAUCUGUUGUGUCCACUCCAGUCAACCUAGAGGUCAAACAUAGGAUUGCCCAAGGUAUCAGUAAGGAGGGCUGGUCCAUCACUAAAAACCUGGCAACAGAACUUAUGAUCGUAAUUUGUGGCUUUUUCACCUUUGUACCAGAAAUACAGGAAUUUGCAUUAUUUGCCCUGGUGGGUCUCCUCACAGAUUUCUUCCUCCAGAUCGUCUUCUUUGUGACAGUGUUAUCGGUGGACAUCAGGAGGAUGGAGCUGUCUGACCUUAAUAAACAGCCGCUGAACUCGUCUGUGAGUACGAUGACUGAGAACAAACAGUAUGAGCCUCUGAUCCGAUGUCCAGUGAAGGCUUAUAUGGGGGACGCGAGUCACCCACACAUACAGAGAACUCCCAGUACACCAUCUACACAAGAUCCUCCAAGGUCUCCUCCUAUCACACCCAGAGAAAUCGACCAGUUCUUUGAAAAUGCAGCAAUUAACAUCCAGUCACGUCGCCUGAGACUGCUGUACUUCUGGGCCAGCACACGCAUGGUACAGAGGAUGAUCAUGGUAUGUACAAUCAUUUGGAUCUCACUCAUCGUCUAUAAAUCAGGCCUGGUAGAACACCUCACUAAUUCAACAUCAGUUAUCAACCUGACAUCAGCAUCAUAUGAAAGCCUGGAUAAAGGGAGAUUACCCAGUCAACAUCACCAACAACCAAAUGGCCACCAAAGGGAGGAUGCUGGGAUUGGGUGGUCAUGGCGACCGGGCGAGGAAGAGGACACACGUCCUGUUGAGCACACACAGUUUGAUUUGUGGAGACAGUUGAACUACAAACACUGGCCGUCUCUGUUUGGCUACUAUAACAUUACACUGUAUGGAAAAUUCAUCAGCAUUCUACCCACAAUUCACCUCUCUGUGAUAGUGGACCCACAGGAAGCCAUCACCAUGCGUCAUCCAUCAGACCAGGAUGGUAGUCCUUCUAAGCCAAUCAUUCCACAGUUCGACAAAUCUCAAGAAUCGUCUUCUUUACCUGUAGACAAAAGUGAGGUACCAGAUGAUCUCUCAGCCUGGUAUUUACACAACUAUGCAGACACAGAACACAUCAAACAGCUUUAUCCUAAAUCUUACCGCGAGGUCAUCAUCACAGUAUUUAUAAUCAUUCUCGGCUUCAUCUGCAUCAGUUACUUCAUCGCUGCAUGUUACCACAAAUUAUGUCCUCGAGACUAUGGACGCCGAAAGUCUAAGAGCAAGCAGAGAAAGAAGGGCAUGUACUAUAAACAAAUUAAGGAGUCUGUCCCCAAGGUUCUACACGGACAUGUACAGGAGAUAGAGUGUGUUGUGACAGAUGGUCACUUUAUCAUCAGCUCCUGUCUGGGAGGUCAGAUCCGUGUUUGGGACUCCGUGUCAGGGGACUGCCUGAUGUCAAUCAUUAGAAAAAGUGCUACUCCACCUGUGAAGAGGAAGCCUUGUGUUGGUCGUAACAUUGAAGACAGCGAUGCUGAUUUAUAUGAUGAAUACCAUGGCGACAGCAGUAUGGUAUCCAUGGAUACAUCUCUACAUCAGCAGGAGGGAGGCAACAUCAGUGGAGGACCCCGUCUCCGUGGUCGUAGUAAUGCCAAACAACCGGGCGAUGUGUGUCGUAGAAAUAUUUUUAAUUUUGAACCUGAUUUAAACAGUACUAUAGAAACAGACUUUACAGCAUUAAACUCACAGGAAAAUGUACAAAUACCUAAGGGAGAUCACUCUAAUUUAAGUUCUGUUUCAUCUGUAACUUCACCUGGAAGUCUCGAUAGUUCAUCCCCGUUGUCUCCCGGGGGUGAUGCCCCUGUGUAUACCCCCUCCCCUGGGGGUGGAGGGGCUGGCAGUGUUAACACUGGACAAGCCUUUGACUUCAGCAGUAGGUUUGACCCUAUCUACCGGGAUCAUAGACAGUUAGUGAUGGAGAGUCGGGCAGGAAUGGCUGUCAACAAUUCACAGAUGUGGGAGGAUAGUCGAGCGCGUAGCUGGAGUGCAGGUGACCUUCCCCUUACUCAGCAGCAUGAUGCCGUUCUAUUUGACACUGGUUUCCAGGACAACCAGGCUCCUUCUGUGUGGUGUAUGACAUGUAAUGAUGGCCUAAUUAUCGCAGGCUGUGGUAACGGACGAAUAGAGUUUUGGGAUGGAGGGUCAGGAACACUCAAAUGUCUGUAUGGUGACAACAAGGAAGGUGUGACAGCGCUCUGUUUCAUCAGAAAUCGGGUUGUUGCUGCACGACUGGAUGGUACUAUUGACUUCCUGGAGAUGGAAACAUUCCAGAACCCUGUCCAACCUCCACAUAACCCUCCACCAAGCAGCCCAGCCAAGGGACAUGUCCGUAAUUAUAGCCAGUCCCACAUCAAUCCUAGUCCCAAUAAGAAACCUGGACACGUCCGUAAUCAUAGCCAUACCUACGCCCCACCCACCAUCAGCCACGCCUUCCCAGUCCCCACCAGUAUGAGAAAGUGGGAGGAGAUCAUUCAUGUCACUCAAAUCCAAAGAAUCAAAGCCCACCAACAACCGAUUAUCUCGCUUCAGUGUCAAGGAGGGCGUGUUGUGUCUGCUAGCUCUGACCACACCCUGAAGGUAUUCAAGCUGGAGAGCUGCCUUACCCUCUACACACUUCAUGGACAUGAGGAUAAAAUUACUGUGUUAUAUCUCGAUAAGUUACCACCGUAUGCAGCAGCAAGUGGUGACGCAGACGGUACUGUCCGACUUUGGGACCUUCCCACUGGGUCAUGUAUACACAAGGUUAAAGGUCAUGAAGGCAGUGUGGUAGCUUUGACCUGUACUACCAGAUAUGUGAUAAGUUCAGGACUGGAUGAUACGUUGAUCAUCUGGGACCGUAGCAAAGGAAACAUCCUCCACAAUCUCAGUAUGGACCCAUGUGGUAACAACAGUUUGUCUCUUCUCAACAACAAUUUACUAGUAACAGGGGGUCAGGGUUGUAUCAAUCUGAUAGACGUGAGUAAGGGCGAUGUUCUACGUACAGUGUAUCUUAGCGACUCGGAGAGGAUGGCAUUUGUAAAUCAGAUAAAGGUAGUCGACAAUACAGUGAUUGUGUGUGAUUAUGCCAGCGAGAUGAAGGUCAUACACUUUCCUACAGUACUGGAGAAGGCCGAGUAGGAAAGGAGGAUUUAGUACGGCUUGGAAGAAGGAACACUGAAACGAAAUGAAAAAGCAGCUAGAUAUCACCUACCUAUUGUAUUGGAGAUUGUAGCGUCACAUGGCAGCCAAAUCAUCUACUCAUUCGGAAAAAAAUGCAUCUCUAAGUUUUCAUUUUACAUUUCGUGCCUAAUCUUAAUGCUCCUUUCAAUAGAAUAUAUUUAAAGAACACUUCCUAUAGAUUACUGUAUUUGGAGAUCCUAGCACUGAUAUCACUCAACUUUUAUAACCCAAAUUAGGUUUCAGCUUUUUCUGAACUGUUUCGGGUAAAUUCGGGAUUUCUUAAUAAUAUAGAUAUUUUAGUAUUACCGUUAUAAACAUUUGUAGAAAUACAAAUCAACGAUAUCUCACUAACCAUUCCUAAUCUGAAAUCUUUUAUAAGCAUCAUGAUAAUUUUAUUACUGGUUGCUAAAAAAUAUGACCCUUUUAAAGAAAAUUUCAAGUGGGUUUGUUUGGUGUUUUUUUCCCAGUUAAACAAGAUAGAAAUAUAGAAAAUGAUAUCCACUACAUGUAUUUAAGUAUAAUCUUCAAAUAAGUAUCGUAAUAUCCUGUGUAUUGCCCAUACCAGUGCCUGCAGUAUCUAGAAUAAGGCAUUUUAAAGCAUUUUGUCAAGUAAAUUUCAGAUAUCCCGCCCUGGCAGACUACUGUGUAAUAAGACAAUUAAAAUCAUAUGCAUCUACAUGUAAAUAGGAUGUUGUGUUUUAGUUUGGACCUUCAUGGCCGUGCAAAUUGAACAAUAGAUUGUUUUUUCCCUUUCAGACAUUUAUUGUGUAGACCAGGAAACAAGUACAUGUAGCAAUGUAUAACCCAGAUUUUUCUUCAUAUAUGGAAAAAAAAAAAUCCCACAGAUAGCCUGUUCGUGGAGUUAGUAGCCCACUCCGGUAGUAAGUCAUCAAAAGACAUCUCCAGAUGUAAAAAAUUGUAAAGCCUGCAGGUUCUGCGCAGGUAAUUACGGUAAUGAGUUUCGCCCAGAAGUGUUUCAAUUAAAUCAGAUCAAAUUCAUAAGUUGUGAUAUCUAUGGCAAGUUUUUGUGAAGAACUAUUUUCACUUUUGAAUUUUCCUCCCCAGAGUAAUAAAUUCACUGAUGUACAAAGGAAAAGGUGUUUAUUGCGGUCUUAGAAUUCCAUCAAAUCAGUGUUGACAUUUUGAAUAUUUAUAAACUGUACAUAAUCAUGUAUUUACAAUUUUUUACCGAGUGAAUUUCUAUGUACAUACUGUAUAUAUAUUUAUAGAUAGAAAAAAAUAAAAGCUUUCUGCGGUUACCUUGAAGUCAAGUUUCGACGGCAAAAUAUAGCUAAAUUGAAAAAAGUCAAUGUUGUGGUUUUUAGGUUUACGUCUGGGUAUCCAAAGCUUUGAUGGUUUAAUGUAUAUCGGUAAAAAAUACAAAAGAUAAAGAUUGAUGAGGUAGCCCCAGAAAGCUGGUUACAUGAAUGGUGCUGCUAGGUCACUAGAUGUACAUUUGGCUACAGGUAGUUUGUGAUGUUGUGGAUUUUUGUGCUUUCUAUUAAUGUAAUGUAAAAGUCAGUUGGCCGUCCUUCAAGAUCAAACAUGUCCAUGUUCCCCCUUUUCCUGAUAUUUUGUAAAUUUUCUUACUGAGUUUAUCCAAAUUUCCACCAAAUCUUUGUAAAUACUUGGUACAUUGUACACAAUAAUGUUAUUGAUUAUAAAACUGUGCUAUUGAAUGUGCAAUUUCCAGAUAAAAGUCUGUAGCAUAAUGUGUAUUAGGUUUUAUUAGAAAUGUGUACCGGAAGGUUUAGCUCGUGGAUUUAACACUUGUACAGAACAAUGUAUAUAUUGUCUUGUCAUCCUGAUCGAUUGCAGAUGCUUUUUAACAAAUGACAAAGAACAUGGAUAUUUAAUGGCCAAAUAGUGUUUGUUUACAAAUUUUGUAUUUCUCCAUCAUGGAAUGUUUGUACUGCCCCCAAGACCGAUAAAUUUAGUAAGUUUUGUGAAAAAGACAUUCAUAUAUUUUCAUAACAAAGAGACACACCUUUUAAAGUUACAUGCUUUCAUUGAUCAAUCUAUUUAACAAACAUUGCUUAUUUGAUCAGAAAUCAUAUCUCCAUUAGCUGUCUAAAAAUUUACAGUGUAGGGUCCAGAAUCUAAAAUUAAAAUAUUUAACUUUAUUUCAUUUAAAAAUGUUCAUUGCCACACAUGAAGUUUUUAUUAACAUAUAUACUAACCAACCUGAUUAAACUCCUUCAUGAUAUCAUGAAAACAUAACCUGUUAGCAUAGUUAAAUGAUUCGUAUUGUUUGUUUUCCUUUUCUUGAGACUGUAUUUUUUGCCACAGACAUCGUUACCUUUCUAUUAAGUAUAUUUUUUGUGUGUGUGCUUUGAUUUGAAGGUCACAGGCAGCUAAGUAUUAUUUAUUAAAUGUCAAAAAGGACAUCUUUCAUUUUCGUAUUUAAUAAUUUUGGCUUUGUUUUUUCUGGCCAUUCUCAUAUCAUAUGUGAAAAGGUGUGAUUUUAUAUCCCGAUUGCAAUGAACAUUGUGGAUAGAAUAUAUUGAAUACUGAUUAAUUGAAUUGGUGAGAGUUCAACAGUGUAUUGUACAAGACAUAGAACAAUUAUCUUACAUCAAACAUUUAUUAUGUAUAUGUUACUAAACUGUUGCCUGUUGGUUUAAUUUGAUGUGUGUACAUGUUGGUCAUAACCUGUACAAUGUUGUCUGUUUGAAAAUUUAUUGUUUUACCAAGUUGUAUUUUGUGAAGUAUAUUGUUAAGGAUGAAUUGUUUGUGUUGAGUGAUUUUAGGAAAAGAUAUGUUUUGUGUUUCGAUGGACAGCAGUUGAUCAAUUCCUUUACAAGCAAAUAUAUAGAUUUAGGGAUUAAGUGAAGUUAAUACAAUAUUGAAAAAAUCUUGGUCGUAGAAAAUAUGUCCAACCUAUGACCUAAGUCAGAGAAUUAUUAUAAAGUUUUCAACUGAAGUCGAUUGACCUUAUGAAAUCGGCCAUUUAGAUCAAGGUUAUAGGAUCACAGUAAAUAAACUUGGGAUGUCAGAACCUUUUUCUGUCCCAACAUUUGUGUUGCAAUCGAAAGUUUAUAAUAAUGAUAAGUGCUAAUUAAUACUGACACAUUUAAUAAAUAAUUUUAUGAACAAAAUCCAAACCCCAUCUUCCAAUGAUUAAUGUCUGCAUAGGAGCUAGUCACUGAGAGAUGGUGAUUUUGUGUUAUUAAGCUUUAAAUCUUCACUAAGAUUAUAUUGAUAUUCAAACGAAAACCCACCUAAAUCUCUUAUUGUAAAGUUAUUUAUAACAGGGAACAAAGAAACAUAACUGUAUUUAGAUACUUUUUGAUGAUUCUGUCUGUUAAAAGGAAUUUCUCUUGAUACAUCAUUGAUUUUCUAUGAAGAUUGACAGAUGUUAGAUAUUUUGUUAAUGAUAAAUUGAAGCUUCACCUUAGCAAAUUGUGUUUAGUAAUAGAUUAUGGAUAGUUUAUGAUAACUUUUAAUUUGAUUCUCUUAAAAAAACCAAAUUAAUUACAUUGCGUGCUAUUAGUAGAUUAGUUUUGAAUAUAAAGGCAGGAGUGGUCGUCCAGCAGUCAACUUUUGAUGUCUUUCAGAAAACUACAAGAAACUAGGUAAUGAUAUUUGUUAAGAAGGUACAUGGGCUGGAAUACACUAAAAUUUCCUCGUAUGAAGGACUUUGAUCUAUUGUACAGAAAACCCAGAAGCGUGAUAUUUUGCCAGCAGGAACCUAGGACAAGGUGCUAUAAAGUUUCCUCAUAUAAAUGACCUUGACUUACUCUCAAGGUCACUGGAGUCAAAUAGAGAAAAUUCUUCUAGGGAUCUUCUUCUCUAGUUCUAGAAGGCCAAGAGGCUGACAUUUUGCCUACAGGUACCUAGGAUGGAAUAAUAUAGUUACCUCACAUAAAUGACAUUGACCUUCAGCAAUACCCAGUAUGUUUGUUUCGUAAUAAGUAAUUACAAGCCGCAUGAGCAAUUCAGGUACCUAUGUAAUGAAAUAUUUCAAAUGAUUUUUAUGAACUAUAAAAAGUUAUAAUCAAUGCUGUUAAUUUAAUGUUAUCACAAUUUGUGAGGUUUCAGAAAGUAUGAAAUUGAAAGUGUGAUACUGAACAAAGUGUUUGUAACUGUUUUUGAAACAUGAAGAUCUCGCUGAAAUAUUCAAAUUGCUCAAAUUAAUAUCUAGAUAAGAAGAGUUCCUUUCAUUUUGUCCUGAAGAGUCCAUCAGAAUAUCUCCAUGAUUAUUUUGUAUGUAUGAAAGAAGUUAGAAUAUUUUUCAUUAGAUCACAUCUACCCACUUCCUCGUUAAACACAUUUUUCCUUGGAAAAUUCUGGUUCAAACAUAGUUCAUAUUGCAGUGUGUUUCAAAUACUGAUGGUAUUCAAUAACACAACUUUACUGAUAGUUGUUUAAUAUCACAGAACUUACAUUUCACAGAUUUCUGUUGAGAGCUGGUUAUAUUAGCAGAGCAUUUUAGUUUGGCGACUAGUUUUAGUUAUUACGAGUGAAAUUUAACUGGAAAUACAAUAUAACACCAGCUAUAGUUAUUAAAUUGCUAUAAUUGUAGUGCAAGAUUAGUUGGUUCUAUUUAUUUGUGAACCAGAAGAGUCUUGUGAAGAUGCAUGCUGCCAGUUUCCUGGUCUAAAGUGUCCUACAUGUACUUAGUAUUAUUUAUUUUGCAUGUGACAGGAUAUCAAAUGAUAAUGUGGAAUUAAUGAAUGGUAAACUAUCAAAACAAGGCAAACUUCCUAAAGAUAUAGCAAUGUAUUAUAACUUGUAAAAAAAAUCUUUAGUCCACCUUCUCACUUCAUUCCAUUUGACCUACCCUACACAUACAUAAUUCAUUUAACCAAAUUUGUAUUUCUUUUUGUUUUGCAUGUUUCAUUUUACAGUAUUGACUGGUAUAGAAGCAACAUAGGAAGCUUUAAACUAUUUUCAUCAAAUCAUUUAGCAUUAUCAAUGCAAUUCAUAAAUAGAGGAUUUAUUAGCAAGUUUGAGUUCUUAUGAUUGUUGAUACGUGUACCUUGUGAUUUAUAUCUGAUUUACUGUCAACUAAACUAUACUCUAACAUCAUAAGAUGAUGUGUAUAAUUUAUUUUUCUGUAACCAACAUAUUAACUUCGUACUGUUUUGGUGUCCUUAUCUGUUUGUCAUGUUAAAAUAAGUUCACACUACGGUGGAGAAAAUAAAAUGUGCUUAUGAAAAU